GAUGUUUACCCAGAGGGGCCAGCCGGACGGACGGAGUCCCACCACCCUCCGGUGUCCGCCCGAGACCGAGACCGAGAGCGACUCGGAGUGUGCAGACUUCACAUCCCGCCAUGGCGCAGGCCAAGAUACAGGCGAAGAUGGGCGAGUCCCUCAGCAGCAAGUUCAGCAGGACCCUGUCCAUGGCCGACCGCUCCGGACGACUUGUGGACAGUUUGGACCAGCUGGAGACGCGGGUGGAGGCUUUACGCGAGACCGCCACGGCGAUAGAGCAGGAGAAGGAGAGCAUCCUGGAAAUGAUCCAGUCUGUGCAGAACAGUCAAGAAAUGCGCAGCAUCUGCGCCGGGGAGCGCGAGGAGCUGACGCUGACCGCUAACCGCCUGAUGGGCCGGACGCUGGCCGUGGAGGUGUCGGUGGGGACGCCGAGGAACCCCCAGCAGCAGGACGCCCUGCGCAAGGCCACGUCGAUCAUCGACGAGCUGGUGGGCAAGCUGCUGGACGACAUGGACGCCGGCCGGCGGCGGCUGACGGCCAUGCACGCGGCGUGCGUGACGGAGGCGCCGCCCUGCGCCGUCGACCAGAAGUUCCAGGCGGUGGUCAUCGGCUGCGCCUUGGAGGACCAGAAGAGGAUCAAGCGCAGGCUGGAGACGCUCCUGAGGAACGUCGGGAACGCCGAGCAAACCAUCAAACUCAUGGAUAACCAGAAGCCGGAUGAACGCCGAGACACCAACGGCGGUGAGCAGUGAGAGUGGGGGGGCUGGACGGGUGGUGUUCGGGGGGGGGGGGUGGAGCAAGGCGGACCACACCCCGAGAAGCUCAGCACCGCUGCAGACGGAGCUCCGCGUGAUGGACUGCCGUCCGAAGGGUGGUUGGUGUUUGCAUGAUGACAUGAAAUAUAAAAGAUGCUCCCACACGGGA